UUGCUCAAAUCUUGUGCUGUAGUAACAUGAUCUUGUUGUGGUUUAACUAAGUAAACAAGAUAUGCGUCGACCUGACACGUGAUGUGACUUUAUAUCGUAAUCUGCGAGGCUCGUCCCUUGGUAGCUGUAGAUAUAAGCCUGUAUUACGUCAGAUAUAGACACAAAAAGAACCGUUGAUAACACGCAAAUGUAUCCUCAUAUAUGUAUCGUCACGGGCACGACCCCGAGGUCACAUGGUAUCUAGACCAGCUUCUACUCGCAGAUAACACAGUGUACGGGGAUGUGGAUGUCGGUGUAAAAUCUUAAUAUAGAAGUGAACAGAAGAAUAGACCGAGCACGUUGACCCAGACCUAGAAAAGAAAAAGCAUGAGUCAUCUCAAAAAUGAUAUAGUUUAUCUCGAACGUAGCGUAUAGGACUUCAAGGUAUGGAGCUUGUCAACAUCGUUGAUGAAUAUGGCAACAGAAUGCAUUAUAAACGUUACCAGGGGCGGACAUUCCACCCAGACGUUAUAGGAAAUGUCGGCGAUCACCUAGCUGAGGUUGCUGCUUACAAGGGUCAGCCUGACGAUGUUCUCCUAUGUACAUUUCCUAAAUCAGGAACUCACUGGGUUUUUAACAUGGUCCAGAUGAUACGUGGAAACAAUUUGGAAUACAGUGGAACACCGGUUGUGAUGGAAUUUCAUCCAAUCAGCGAUAUUGAAAAGCUGCAAUCACCGCGCAUGUAUCUCACUCAUGCAGCAUACCCGUUUAUCCCUGACGCGGCAAAACGAGGCGACAUCAAAAUUAUACAGGUGAUGAGGAAUCCCAAGGAUUCAGUGCUGUCUUUCUACGAAUUCUUCAAAAGCAUGAGGAAUAUGGCAUACGAAGGCACUUUUGACGGCUUCCUCAAGUAUUUUCUAUCAGAUGAAUUCUGUGGUGUUGGUUGCUCACUGUUCACGUACCUGAAGGAAUGGGAAGAAGCCAAACGGAAUAAUAAAGACUUGCAGAUUUUAAAUCUUCGAUACGAAGACCUUAAAAAGAAUCUGUUUGAAAAUGUCAUCAAAAUAUCAAAGUUUUUAAACCUCGAACGAACGAGUUCAUUUCUUCAUGAAGUUGAGAAGAACGUAUCCUUUGAACGACUAAAGAAAAAGCAUGACACACAGACCGGAGAAACAGAUAGGUGGAAGAAUAAUACUGAAGGAGGAAGACUGCCUGUUUAUAGGAAAGGAAUAGUUGGCGAUUGGAAGAACACAUUCACCGUAGCGCAGAACGAAAAGUUUGAUGCUGUCUACAAAGAGAAAAUGGAAGAAAUGAGGCUGCCGCUCGAUGAAUUUAUCUUCGAGUAAUUCUCACACAAUAAAUAGCAUUGUGUUUCGUUAAAUUGAAUAAAGCAGUAAUCCACUUUAAAUGUGGAUUCUUACACUUAUAUUUUAACACGAGAUCGACGUAAGGACAUGGUAAAAUAUGUUUUUGUCGAUGGCGUCAUAAACAAAGUUCACAUAAUGCGGACGUUUAUAAAUUCCGACGUCUUAAAAUGAUUACAUGAAUGUAAUUACGUUAAAUGAGGCAAUGAAAUAUAUCUGGAAAAAGAAACGGAGAAUGUUAUUAAUGUUCAAAUGAAAAGAUUGUUCAAGAGUAAACGUUAAAAAAACAUCUGAUUGUAAAAAUCUUCUCAAAGCACAAUACCUGGUUCAUCGGAACAUAUCAAACAUACGGAAUUUAUAAAUUUAAACUAAAAA